GCCUCUUGACUCAGCACUGCAUAGGAUUGUGAUAAGAUGAGCACAUCCUGUGGAGUAGCAACAAACAAACAAACAAACAACAAUCACACAAUUGGCCAUCCAUCCACAUGCGUGGGAAGCCAACGAGAAAUAUAUUACUCAGAAGAAUAUGCCCUGCGGUGCCAAGGGGGGCAGUUUGGUCAAGACCGCGUCUCUGCCGCGCUGUUCUUCCCAUCUUCUUCUUCCUCCUCUGCUUUGGGUAUAAAGACGGCCAAGGCACCACCAAUCUCUCAACACACUCCACCACCAACGUCUACAACCAAACUGCUCUUAGGAAAGACUGCCGACGGAGCAAACCGCUCUUAGCCUCCGGCGAUCUUCGUCUUCGUCUUCGCGGCCGGCGGAACCCAAACCGGAAGAGAACUUCAGUCAACACAGAAACUCAACGGCACUGGGAAUGCGGAAAGAUGUGCUUGCAUAGAAGAAACUUCUCUUGUAAGAUCGAAGAGAUCGCCGAUCUGCGAGGGCGAGGGCCAACCUGGUCAGCUGAUGUGAGCGACCACCUUGCCUGCAUCAAUUCCACAACAUUUAGACUCCGCUAUGAUGAAGCCACAAGAGUACUGGAUCAUGACUUCGGGGAGGCUGGUUGAAGUGUUGCAACCCAUUUGAGUCAUAGCCACAAGAACAGUUGAAGCUGUGAUUUGUACUGUUGAAGACAUGGACAGCAGCGGAAAGGUUGUACUGGGGAGGUAUGAAGUGGGCAGAUUGCUAGGAAAAGGAGCAUUUGGCAAGGUGCAUUAUGCAAAGAACCUCAAGUCGAACCGGAGUGUUGCCAUAAAGAUGCUGGACAAGGAGAAGGUGCUGAAGGUCGGGCUCUCAGAGCAGGUCAGGCGUGAGAUCACAACCAUGCGGUUGGUGGCACAUAAGAACAUUGUGAAGCUCCAUGAGGUAAUGGCGACACGGAGUAAGAUAUACUUCGUCAUGGAGUACGUGAAAGGUGGCCAGCUCUUUGACAAGAUCUCAAAUGGUGGCAAGCUCACGGAGAGUGCUGCACACAAGUACUUCCAGCAGCUCAUCAGUGCAGUGGAUUACUGCCACAGCCGAGGCGUGUAUCACCGGGACUUGAAGCCUGAGAACCUGCUGCUGGAUGAGCAUGAGAACUUGAAGGUUUCGGAUUUUGGAUUGAGUGCUCUCUCGGAGUCGAAGAGGCAAGAUGGCUUACUCCACACCAUCUGUGGAUCACCUGCAUAUGUAGCACCAGAGGUGAUUAGCAAAGGAGGCUAUGACGGUGCAAAAUCAGAUAUCUGGUCUUGUGGUGUUGUCCUGUUUGUUCUCGUUGCUGGUUAUCUCCCUUUCCAAGGCCAGAACUUGAUGGAGAUGUACAUGAAGAUUGAACAAGGUGAUUUCAAGUGCCCUGGUUGGGUUUCAAUUAAACUCCGGAAGUUGCUACACAAAAUCAUGGACCCUGAUCCGAGUAAGAGGAUAUCAAUCCAGAAGAUAAAAGAGUCUACCUGGUUCCGAAAAGGUCCUGAGGAGACCCUUACAAUGGAAAGAAUUCCUAUUGAGAAUGCCCCCACAAAUGCUGCUCCAACACUCAUGAGGCGGAGGAAGAACAGCCAUGGAGAUGCAAAGCCCCUGGCCGUGACAAAUUUAAAUGCCUUUGAAAUCAUCUCUUUCUCCACAGGGUUUGACCUCUCUGGCCUAUUCGUCGAGAAAGAGAGCAAGAAGGAAACAAGGUUCACUUCGGAAAAUCCUGCCUCAGCCAUCAUCUCGAAGCUGGAAGAUGUCGCAAAGGCGCUGAAUCUCAGGGUGAGGAAGAAGGACAAUGGUGUUGUCAAGAUGCAAGGGAGGAAGGAAGGAAGGAAUGGUGUCGUCCAGUUUGACUCAGAGAUCUUCCAGAUCACCCCCUCCUACCAUCUCAUUGAGAUGAAACAAACAAGCGGCGACUCGCUGGAGUACCAGAAGCUCUUGGAAGAUGGCAUCCGUCCAGCACUGAAGGACAUCGUCUGGGCCUGGCAUGGAGAUGAUGAUCAUCACCAGCAGCGAGGCUAGCUUUGGUUGUUUCAGUUAUUUAUGUUUUGUUCUAGAGGUUUGUUUCAUUUUCGGCUUGAGUAAUUCUGUUCUACUCUGCAUGAGUGUGUUCUUUGUAACAAAUAAUCUUCUCUCCUUUUCUGUAUUGGAUGGGCAAUAAUUGUUGAGAGACUGAAUUACAUUCUGAAAAUUGUUUCUGUUCUGUGAUGUAUA